AUGAACAUGUUAUGCUGUUUAUUCUUUUAGAUUUCAUUUGUUGUUAAUAGUCUAAUAAAGGAAUUUCAAGCAAGUUAGAAUUAUUUACUUAUUGAAAUAUUCAGUGAGGAUUGGAUUGAUAUGAAAAUUGAGGUUGCAGAAAACUAAGUUAUAAUGAAUGAAGUAACAUAAGAAAGUACUCAAUAUCUAAAUAUGUAUUACAAACUCAAAAUUGGAUCAUAAUAUAAAUUGGAUAUUUUUGUUAUGCCAGAUAAUAAUUAUACUAUUACUGAGGUCCCUUUUAAAAGUUGUCCAAAUAAUUGUUCGAAUAAAGGAGAUUGUUAAAACCUACAAUGUCGUUGUUAAGUUAUGACUGCAGGGUAUAUUUUAUUGAUGUAAAUUUAGAGAUAGAUGCUAAUUUGAAGUAAUUCAACUCUAUAAUAGGACCCAAUUUUCUGAAAGUCUUAAAUCUCAUUAAACAUUAAUUAUUGCAGUCUUUUAUUUACAAGAUCAAUUAAUAGAUGAUUAGGAGUAAUAGUUUAUAAAAUUUUGAGUUAGACAAGAAAUCUCUAAAUUUAGUCAUCCUCUACUAUAGAUUCAAAAAUUUAUUUACUUUAACCAUUUCAAUAUCCAGGAUCAAACUUAAUAGAAGAUAAACUUAUCUAUGAUGGAUUAUUGACAUCAAAUCCAUAAGAAAUUGAUUACUCUAAUAAAUUUAAAAAGUAUCAUAUUUAAGCCAGUUAUUACUCAUUUGUUUUAGUAUUAAAAAACAUGAAAUCCUAAUCAUAAGAUAUGGUACUCAAAUAUCAAUUAUUGGAUAAUGAUUAAAAGUUUUAAGAUUUUAUUUUGGUAGCUAUUCUUAGUGUAAUAUCAUUCAUUAUAUUGUUGAUUAUAAUUUAUAUAGUUAGAAGAAGAUGUUAAUAUUUAUCAUCUACUAAAACUAAAGAAAAUCAAGAGGAAUAAUCAGAUAAUAUUGUUAUUUAAUUAAUGCCUAUAGUAAAUCCAGUCAAAGAUUUAGAUUGUGUAAUUUGUUUAGAUCCAUUAGAUAACAGAUUAUGUAGAUAAACUCCAUGCAAACAUAUCAUGCAUGAUAAUUGUUUAAAAUAAUGGAUUUAAAAAUAAUUAACAUGUCCAAUGUGUAGAGAAACAUUGAAUGAUAUAGAAUAUGUACCUAGAGCAUUUAAAUCAAGAAACUAAACAUCAAAUACUUUUAUUCUCAGUCACUAAGGUCAAUCUGUUGUAUAAAGUGACCGUAAUUCAGUUCGUUCUAUGAUCAUUACUCGAACCAGAUAAAGCAGAUUGGCUGUUUUUUAAUGA